CUGUGGUAAUACUAGUCUUUAUCUUAGGGACCAAGAGUCAUUUUGCAAAUUUGUAGUAUCAUUUCCCUAAACAACUCAGGACCAAAUUGUACUUCAGUUCCUCAGUUCGACUUUUUUGCAGAGGCAAAAACACAGCUCUGGACUCCUUUUUUUUUUUCUUUUUUUUUUAAACACUGCUGACAGAAUUGAGAUAACUUUUUAUUGUACCAUGUAUAACUAUGAAAUAGCAUUAACAAGUGAAGGAUGUAAUAAAUUAAACAUCUCUUCAUUUUAGAGAAAGAAGAUGGAAACAUCAUUGUUUUUCUUUUCUCAAUUAAAUAUGUGUGAAUCAAAGGAAAAAGCUUUUUUCAAGUUAAUACAUGGUUCAGGAAAAGAAGAAACCAGCAAAGAAGCCAAAAUCAGAGCUAAGGAAAAAAGAAAUAGGCUAAGUCUUCUUGUGCAGAAACCUGAGUUUCAUGAAGAACCCCCUGCCAGCAGAUCUGGGCACUUGGCCAAAGAAACAAGAAUCUCCCCUGAAGAAGCAGUGGUAUGGGGUGAAUCAUUUGACAAACUACUUUCCCAUAAAGCUGGACUGGAGACUUUUACCAGAUUUCUUAAAACUGAAUUCAGUGAGGAAAACAUUGAAUUUUGGAUAGCCUGUGAAGAUUUCAAAAAAAGCGAAGACCCUCAACAAAUUAUUCUUAAAGCAAAAGCAAUAUAUGAGAAAUUUAUACAGAAUGAUGCUCCACAAGAGGUUAACCUUGAUUUUCACACCAAAGAAGUUAUUACUAAGAGCAUCACCCAACCCACCCUACACAGUUUCGAUGCUGCACAAAGCAGAGUGUAUCAGCUUAUGGAACAAGACAGUUACACACGUUUCCUGAAAUCUGACAUAUAUUUAGAAUUGCUAGAAGGAAGACCUCAGAGACCAACAAAUCUUAGAAGACGAUCACGCUCAUUCACCUGUGCUGAGUUCCAAGAUGUAAAGUCAGAUGUUGCCAUUUGGUUAUAAAGAAAAGUAAUUUUGUUCAUUUUGAUUAAAAACUUGUAAUCUGCUUUUAAGAUACAGAAUAUUUACGUUUUACAAACUGGUACAUCUUUUAAAAUAAAAUACACCAUGUCAAAGGAUUUUUUAAUGUAAAUAAAAGCUUACAUUCUAACACAUACUAUAUAUGCCAAUAUAUUCUGUAAAACCCUCCAUUUGACUUCAUUCCAUUCAUAAUCAGUAAAACUUACUACUUAAUUAAAAAACAGUAAAGAAGAAAUGACAAUAUUUUAUGAGACUGUAAAGUUGAGUUAAAGGUAAGCUUUUACAAAACUGUCAAUGUUUAGACCCGAUCUCUGCCUGGGAUUUUUUUUUCUUGUUAACAAGUUAUAUACAGAACAUAUUUUCCAAACUGAUGAAGUCUCUUUCUUUCUCUCUCAGGCAUAGAGAGUGUAGAAGUGAUCUGGUUCUUACAAUUGGAGAGGACAAUCAUUUGUUCUUGUGUUACUAACACUGGUUCAAGAAUAAGCGAUGUAUCACUUCUAGUUAUAAACCAGAAACAGGAACUUUGGGAAGACACAUUUACAUCUAUAGAACUUCCAAGUUCAAAAUAACCCAUAUUGAUAACUGAGGUUAGGAUCCACAUUUGGUCUCAUUCCUAGUGAACAUGGGCUUGCCCAGUAAGUGGAGCACAUUUCUGAUGGUCACAGUUAGAAUUAGAAUCUUCUCACCUGCUAAUAUAAACUGCUACUAAAAUAGUGGCAGUCAGUGGUUUGGAUGAUGCCCAGAGGAAGUUUACCCCAAGCAGUAGUUAGGUUUUAUGCUUAGACUUUUUAGGAUGGGGAUGAAAGUCAGAAAUGAGAGGACAUAAAGAAGUAAGGAGUCAAAGGCCUUGGAGACUCAUGCAUCUGCUACAUUGGCUCACAUAAAGAAAGUGUUCCCCAUUGAUCAUGUUCUUAUUUCAAGUCUCAUUGAAUCAUUUAAUUCUAUAUUUUUAAAAAUAAGAUUAUACCAGUAAGAAUACAUGUCUCUACUUUAGGGAAAUAUUUAAUUUUCGAUGUGUGUUGCAUGUAAAUGCCUAUAAUUAAAGAUGUCAUACAUAUGGCUUUGGUAAAUGUUAUUUUAGUUGAAAUGUAAAAUAUAAAAACUGUGUACCACCUAUAGUAAUAAAUAUUUUAAAUUUC